AUGUCCAACGAUGACGAUCUUUAUGGCGACCUCUACGGAAAUGAUGGUGGAGAUUUCAAUGGAUACGAAGAUGAGCAACCGGAAUCAAACGAAGAGACGGCAGGAUCGUCAGAGCCCGUCAAGCCAGCUCAGACUAGCAGCAAGUCUGCCCCAGCGGAUACGAAGCCGAUAAAUGGAACGAAUAAAACUGAAACCUCGGCCGCGUUGAGCGCGAAAAUUGAAGAACCGCUGACAAACCCCAUUCCAACAUUUACCGAGGACUCACAUUCUGCUGGAUCAAUGGGGACAAGCAGCAACGCAAGGAACACGGCUUCUUCAAGCAAUGUCAAUUCGACACAUGGCCUACCACCGAAUCCUAGCGGGGCUCCAAUCCAUACCAUUGAAUCUGUCGACUCUUCAAGGCAGAGUGGCAUGAAAGAUGAAGGGUGA